CAGUGCAGUCUCCAAGCUGUUCGGCUUAUGAAACGUUCAGCUCUACAGUUGUCAACGAGUCGACAAGGAGAGACCUCUUCAAUUGUACGAAAGAAAUCAGUAAUGAAAAGGAGUCCGGCUUCAGCUUUAAGAAGCAACUGGAUAACAAUAGGCGAACAGCUUCUUUAAUUAUAUUUUGCAGAAAAUUCUAUAAGCUGGCAUGGAUUAGGCUAAAAGAGUUAUGUCGUGAACUGAAGUUGACAGAAGAACCCCAUCUUAACAAGUUGUGGACGCUAUUUGAACAUUCGAUUACUCAAAGGACAGAAUUGAUGCAAGACCGUCACCUCGACCAGAUGCUUAUGUGCGGAAUCUAUUUAUAUAUAAGGGUCCAGGAAAUAAAAUCUAAGUCGUUUAUGGAUAUAAUGAAGUUUUACAGGAAGCAACCUCAAGCUCAAAGUAGCACAUAUAGAGAAGUCCUUAUAGAACCGGCUGACGAUGGAACUGGACCACCUCGGUAUCGCGACAUAAUAUAUUUUUAUAAUAACCUAUACGUUAAGAAGAUGACUCCAUAUGCCCUUAUCUUCAGUGGAAAGAAACAAUCGCAGCAGAAUGUGCCCUUGUCACCUCAUCCUACUGAGAAACAAUCAUAUCCAAGAAAGCUGUCUAAUAAUCUCAUAAUUGUGUCGAGAAUGGAAAAGUCUGAACAGUCACACUCUCCCGUUUUAACAUACGAAUUUUCAAAAAGUCCUGGGAAAAACCUUGAAGAUCUUAAUCAUGUUAUCAGCAGAGGCAAACGAAAUUUGCCUUUCAAUGAUCUGGAGAGCAGUGAUGGACCUUUUAUUGAAAACAAAAUUUUGAAGAAGUCACCAGUAUUUUUACAAAAAUGCAGAGAAAUUUUGCAGGAUAGGAAAGAAGAAAAAAAGUGAAUGCAGUUUAAAAGAAAAUUAAAAGAGUUAAUUAACGCUUAAGCAAAGUAUAUCACUUACAGCCGCACUCAGAGUUGUUUAAUGAUUACUUAAGGUGUUCCUCUCAGAGUCGGUUGAUGAUUCAUUAACAGCAUUUAGUGAACAUUAAAGUUAAGUAAAGAAAAACCUUUGCUUUACUUUUUGACGAAUGAUUAUGAAAUUUGUUGGUUGUUUUCUAUAAAUUGCAACUUUGCUAACGUUGCUGCCACUGUGGCAAUGACCCAGUGGGCAGAGAGAGACUGGCAUCCCGUUGGGGAGAUCCGAUUUCAAAUCCUCGGCAGCAGAAUUGUUUUCCUUUUUUAUUAAAUUUUUAACUUUUAUUGUUAAAAACACACGGACCAAAAAUAACUGUUGGCUCGAAUUUACAAAUUGAAAACGUUGCCCUAAUUCUGAAAUUUAGCGAAAACGUUUUUCAUAACAAUUAUUAGAUGAAAAAUAUUUUUUAUUUCGCCGAUAAGAGUUAUAUUCCAAGGUUUAUUUUUUACGUUGUUUGAUAACAGUUAUUGCACAAUGUUUAUUUUUUACGUUACUUGAUAACAGUUAUUAUCCAACGUUUAUUUUUUACGUUGUCUGAUAAACGUUGUGAGAUAAGAAUAUUGACGAAAACGGAGAUGGAGAAGAA